AUGGCCCACUCAUCCUCAUUUUCAAUACAAAAGAUAUUUAUUACUCUCUUUAUUUCACACAUUGCCAUCAUUUUAUUAUCUCUAUCUUCUUCUUCUUCUUCAUCAACAUCAUAUCUCAUAACGACGGCUGCUGCCAUCGAGAACAACAAUAAUGAACCAACAUUUAAAAACAAUCAAUACAAUCUCUUAUUUGAUUUUGGUAGCAAUGAGGCGGAGGAGCAGGAGGAGGAAUCAUCUACAGGUGAUUCAACAAGUGGUGGAUCUACAACAAUAUCUACUGGCUCCUCAUCACCAUCAUCAACUACAACAGGAGGUUUAACUACUUCACCUGCACCAACUCCUUCUCCUACACCAUCCAGUUUAUAUCCAUUUUCAAACCCAAAUAAUUACUCGCUUGUAACAUCAACUAUGCUUUGGGAAGGGGCUACUGUAAUACCAUCUUGUGUCAUAUGUAAUGUUACUGGAGGAACCUAUACAGCAAACUAUGCAUGUCAAUCAUCACUUCCAUCACCACCUCGAGGCAAUUGGAAUGACGGCGUUAAUUAUUUCGAUUUUCCAUUCCCAUCGGACGAUGUUAUAGUACAGGAAAUAGCAUUUGUAUUGCAUGGGGUAUUUAAUUGUGAUGCAUUUUCGCCAAAUUUAGGCAUGGUUUUCUUGAUAGAAGAGGUAGAAAUUAAUACUCAAUCAAUUUCUGUACCACAAAUCAACGAUUGUACCUGUCCAAAUUGCGUACACGAUGUAGUAGUUGCACCAUUUGUCAGUGAUGCCAAUGUCACUCUCAAUAUAACAGGACCAAACAAAUUCAGACUUUAUGUAGUCCAAAAUACUAUGUGUCUCUCAUCAAUAGAUGCCUAUUUCUAUUAUUCUCUCCCUGCACCACCUCCACAAAACAAUCCCAAAAAGCCCUUAACACCCGUUCAAUGGAUUAUCAUUGCGUCAUCUGUUACCGGUGGUCUACUUAUCUUUAUUCUUUUAUUCGUAUUUAUCAAGAAAAGAAUGAGAAGAGUUGGAUACAUGCAAUUAAAAGAGGGAAAGAAUAUUGAUAUUUCAGAAAUUAAAUUGGGUGAAAGAAUUGGAAAAGGUAACUUUGGUGAAGUUUAUAAAGGAUUCUGGAGAGGUGUAGUUGUAGCAAUUAAAAAAUUACCAAUACAUAGUAUCAACGAGAAUGUUUUAAAGGAAUUUCACCGAGAAAUUGAACUAAUGAAAAAUCUUAGACAUCCAAACGUUAUUCAAUAUUUAGGAUCUUGUACCAUCCCACCCAAUAUUUGUAUUUGUACAGAGUAUAUGACAAGAGGAUCACUUUAUAAUAUUUUACACGAUGCAUCAAUUCCCUUGCCUUGGUCACUGAUUAAAAACAUGUGUAUCGAUGCUGCCAAGGGUAUCAUUUAUCUUCACAACUCCAACCCUGUUAUUUUCCAUCGUGAUCUAAAAUCUCAUAAUCUCCUAGUUGACGAUAGUUGGAAAGUUAAAGUAGCUGAUUUUGGUCUAAGCACAAUCGAACAAGCCAAUACAAUGACUGCAUGUGGUACUCCUAGUUGGAGCUCUCCCGAGGUUAUAAGAAACCAACGAUAUACUAGCAAAGCAGAUGUUUAUAGUUUUGGAAUUGUUUUGUGGGAAUGUGCAACACGUCAAGAUCCAUACAGUGGAAUGCCGCCAUUCCAAGUUAUUUUUGCCGUUGGAAGAGAGGGUCUUCGUCCUCCCAUUCCAAGGUCAUGUCCUCCCGAUUUUGUACAAUUAAUGAUUGAUUGUUGGAACGAAAACCCUGAUGCCAGACCUUCUAUGGAAACUGUUUUAAUUCGUCUUGAAUCUAUAGAUAUUAAUGGAUGGCCCGAUAUUUUAUUUAAACAUAUUAAUAAUAAUCAAAAUAAUAAUAAUAAUAAUAAUAAUAAUAAUAAUAAUAAUAAUAAUAAUAAUAAUAAUAAUAAUAAUAAUAAUAAUAAUAACAAUGUUAAUAUUAAUAAAUAA